GGAAGAGCCGCAUUACGAAGCGGCGCGACAAUGACGCCGACGACGAAGAGGAUACGGCGUCGCGGGAUAACACCGAUGCCGCGCCCACGCCCGACACCGAACGCUCAACCGACACACCAGCGGCGGCGCCUGAGCCGGCCGCGCCCGCUCCCACGGAAGCACCGACCACGCCCGCGCCGCCUUUAGACGCGCACGACGACUCGCAGGGCAAGCACUCUGAUUCCAACACACAGGAGAUGAUAAUCAAGGAGGAGCUAGAAGACAACGUGACGGACCAGACGCACCACAUCGUGGUCCCGUCCUACUCGGCGUGGUUCGACUACAACUCCAUCCACACCAUCGAGAAGCGCGCCUUGCCGGAGUUCUUCAAUGCGAAGAACAAGUCUAAAACUCCAGAGAUAUACCUGGCUUACAGGAACUUCAUGAUCGACACCUACCGUCUGAAUCCUACGGAGUAUCUCACAAGUACCGCUUGCCGCCGCAACCUAGCGGGUGACGUAUGUGCCAUCAUGCGUGUGCACGGCUUUCUUGAGCAGUGGGGCCUCAUCAACUACCAGAUCGAGGCGGAGUCUCGGCCCACGGCGAUGGGCCCGCCGCCCACGUCGCACUUCCACGUGCUGUCCGACACGCCCUCCGGCCUGCAGCCGCUCGUGGCGCGCCCGCCGCAGCCCCGGCCUGCGGAGAACGCGGCGGUGCCUAAAGUGGAGGCAGGUCUGCCCAACGGCACCGAGGCGGGCGCCGGAGCACCGCCCGCGCUCAAGCACGAGCCAGGGAUCGAACUCGGCGCCAUGCCCGGACUCAAGCUCGACCAGUACCGCGGUGGCGCCCGCGGCCGUGAAUGGACCGAACAAGAGACUUUACUCCUACUGGAAGCUUUGGAACUACACCGGGACGACUGGAAUCGCGUCGCCGCUCAUGUCGGCACAAGGACGCAAGACGAGUGCAUCCUGCACUUCCUCAGAUUACCCAUCGAAGAUCCUUACCUGCAUGAUGCUUCUUCAGGAGGCGUGCUAGGCCCACUAGCGUACCAGCCUAUCCCAUUCAGCAAGAUGGGCAACCCAGUCAUGAGCACGGUGGCUUUCUUAGCUUCAGUGGUGGACCCGCGCAUCGCUUCCAAGGCCACCAGGGCUGCUAUGGACGAGUUUGCCGCCAUCAAGGACGAAGUACCAGCAGCAAUGAUGGAGGCUCACGUAAAAGCCGCAGGCGCGCAAGGCACCGGCGCCGCGCUGGCCGCCACCGGCAUCGCCGGCACCCAGCCCGAGGGCGAAGCCGCGCCGCCCGCCGUCGCCGCUCCCGCUGCACAACCCACAGCAGCGGAGAAGAAAGAAGGCGCCAGCGAUGUGAAGACUGAACCUAUGGAGGUGGAGGAGCCCGAGCCCAAGGUCAAAGAAGAGGCGCCCGACACGCCCGCGCCCGAUGACAAGGAAGCCAAGGACUCCGCCGAACCACCGGCCGAUGCCCCAACAACAGUGGACGCCAAGCUGCAAUCGGCGGCAGCGGCAGCCUUGGCAGCGGCCGCGGUCAAAGCCAAGCACUUGGCCGGCGUGGAGGAGAGGAAGAUCAAGUCCCUGGUCGCGUUGCUGGUGGAGACUCAGAUGAAGAAGUUGGAGAUCAAGCUCAGGCAUUUCGAGGAGUUGGAGGCUACCAUGGAAAGGGAGAGAGAAGGUCUAGAAUACCAGCGGCAGCAACUGAUCCAAGAGCGGCAGCAGUUCCACCUAGAACAACUCAAGGCGGCGGAGUUCCGCGCGCGGCACCAGGCCCACCAGAGGUACACGGCUUUGAAGUUGCAAGCGGAGAGCGGGGGCGCGGCGCCGCCCGCCGGGCCCGAGCAGGCGCCGCCGGACGCGCCGCCGCCGCAGCCGCCGCACCACGCUUAGGUCACGUGGCUUAGUUCAUAAUAAUAAUGUACGUUAGUCUACACCUAGGGAACACGUUAUAGUUCUUGCAACACACGAAGGCGAGUGAGCUUUACUUGUGUGUGUGCGUUAAAUGCACAUAACGUAGUGUAAUGUCUAUCAAAACUUGAAAAACGAACAGUAGCGAGUUGCCACACAUGUAAAGCUCGCAUUCGUGAAUUGCAACAACUAUACUCUCAAACAAACUUUAUGCGAUAAGUGGUUUUGAUAUUACAGCGUCAGAUUUGUGUUGACAAUUUUCACUCGUACAGUCAGCGUCAUUAUAGUUCGUAACACUCAAACUGGCUAAAAAGUUAACAACACAAUUAUUCCAAUUGUAAUCAAGACGUGUUGCGAACUUUUUGGCUACUUUGGGUGUCAAACUUUUUGACGCUGACUGUACAUGUCAGUUAUUGGCGAUAAUAGCCAAUAUGUUAUGAUGUCGAACUGCCGAUUUAAGUAUCAAAGUAUCGGUAGUUCGAAGUUUCGAACCCCGUCACCGCUGGACCAUUAUGGCGAACCCUUGUCUUCGACACGUGUUUUCUUACCGCUUAGUCCUAUUUUGAAGAACUACGAAAGAUAAUUUGCAGUGACAAUUUGAGAUAAAUAAUCAGUUUGGUAUAAAAUUCAGGCCACUUAUCGUGUAUCGGUUUUGUAUGAAAUCAAUUAGACAUGACUAUUUUAACAUUCGUCGCAAAACGUGGCAUCAUCAUAGUACUAUUUUAAAUACAACAAUGUUCACUCAAUGCGAUUUCCUAUACACCCACGUACGAGGUCCGUAUUAUUGAAGGGUUCCUGUCUUACUUAGAAUCAAUUGAUUUAAAGGAAUUCUUGGUCAAUCGCACGUGUGAUACCUCGUUUGCUCUGAUUAUACCUUAUAGCUCAAAUACAUUUCUACUUGACAUAAAAUAUAGUAUUUUUCCAAAUAUCUUAAUGUGAACACAAUAUUGAUAUUUAAGCGUAUAGUUCGUGUUAUGUAUCACUAGUUCUAAUUAACUUAUGUGUAAGUCAGUAAAUGUGCAAAAUUGCGAGCAUCCAAAUGUUUUAAUUGUAUUAAGA